AUGCGUAUCUCGAGUUGCGGGGAAUCGUCUUCUUCUUCCUCCUCGGAAAGGACGAUUCAAACGACGAUUCCGACGACGACGAAGAAGACAAGGAGAGCGCGGAAGAAGGAGAACGACGGGGGAAGCAGAAGAAGCAGAAGAAACAGAAGGACGCCCCGCGAAGACGACGAGGACGAGGUGAUGAUGAUGAUGCGAAAUGAGAGUAAAACCGAGGAACACCACAACCAACACCAACACAGACGAGAAGGCGGACGAGCGGCGGGAGAGAUGAGUGCUGCGUUUUUGGGCGAGAAAGAAAAGAACUUGACGACGAUGGGUUUGGACGAUGAUGGUUAUCGAUACAAUCGACACCGGGACCGGUCGGAGAGGUUUGAUUUGUCUUCCAAAUUGACGGAGUUUUACCCUUCGUAUCAAUCGUUUCAACCUUUUGGGGAGGAUCCGGAGAAGAACGCGCAAGAGAGCGAGAAGUGGUUGAAGAUUGUGGAGAGAAUAAACUCGCCGAAGAGCAAAGCGACGUUUACGUUAUCGCUGUUAACGUUUGCGUACGUUCACUGCGCGGCGAGCGGGUUUUUAGUGUCCGCGUUGUUGCCGGCGAUUGGCGGUGAUUUAGAGUUGUCCGACGGGCAAGGCGCGUUAUUGACGACUUUGUUCACGGUCGUGUAUAGUUUAUGUUUGCCGUUGAUUGGUUUAGCGGCGGAUAAGACGAACAGAAAGAAUUUAUUAGCCGCUGGAGCGGCAAUUUGGACCGCUGGAACGGUUAUGACUGCAAACGCAAACACGUUUACCGAGUUGGUGGUGGCGAGAAUAGUCUUCGCCAUCGGCAACGGGCCGCAGAAUCCAAUCGCGUUUUCGUUGUUGCCGGAACUGUUUCCGAGGAAUAAAAACGCGGCGAUGAGUUUGUACAACAUGGGCGUUCAUUUCGGUCGCGCGAUAUCGUUCGCGAGUGGGGCGAUGGUCGCCGCGCCGCAAAUGGCGACGGAUUCGGUGUUCAAUCCUGACUUGCCGAUUACGAUGCCGAUAGAGUUUUUGAGCGAUAUCAAAAAUCUUGGCUCGCAUACGAUUUUAUACGUCACAGGUGACUCGGUCGUGUUAUCCCCAAACGCAGGAACGGCGAUGGAAUCUGUCGGAGACGCGUUGAUGGCGAAUACUGGUUUGGGGUGGCGAGAAUUGUUUGAAGCCGUAGCCAUCCCGGGUUUCAUCAUAGCGCCGGCACUCUUUUUCAUCGUGACUGAUCCCGGAAGGAGUAAAGAUGGAUCGUCUCGCGCGGUGCGAAGGAAACAAAGACGUUCGCAGAAGCGAAUGUCGGACGCGAAACGAUUAAUUCGUAAAGCGAGAUUUUCGGGAGUGUUAAAAGACGAAAUGACUGGGAAAUCGAAAGAAAAACUCGUAUCGGAUUUGAACAUCGUGUCUCUCGUCGCCUCGUACGACGAAGACGAAACGACGGACUUGAUGAUGCGAAAAGUGAAGAAGAAGGAAGAGGAAGCCGUUGCAAACGUAACUGCGUUAGUCAUGCGCAAAGCCAUCAAAGCGGAUGAAAUAGAGGACUUGUCCGAUAUCAUCGAAAGUCGCGCAGACUACCAAAUGAAGAAAGAAGGGGAGCAGGAGAAGAAAGAAGAAUCCUUCUUCGAUUCCGCGGUGAAUAGAUUUAAAAAUCCGAACUUUCGCGCGCUGACGUUGGCGGCAACGUUAACCGAUGUUGCGAGUUGGUCGAUGAUUGCAUUCCAAGCGACUUUUUACCAACGAACGUACGGAUUGGAAGCUUCGGAGUAUAAUCAUCUCUUGGCGUUUGUCAUUCCAGUCUCCGGCGCCAUCGGAGGUUUGACGUCUGGGUAUUUCUCCGAUCGAUUAAACGCGUUUCAGCGUAAACUUAUGGUUGCUGGUGGCACCAUAUUGUGCGCGCCUUUAAUCGCGGAAUCGUUGGAGUCAAGCUCGUACCAACUUUCGAUGACAUACUUAUUCUUUGGGUUUAUGUUUUCUGAAUUUUUUCGAUCGCCGACGGCGGUGAUGACGAGAGAACUCGACCCGGAAAACCCAUCGGCGACGGUUGCUGCGCACCUGGCGGUGAGAAACUUAACCGCAGGCCUUGGACCGUUAGCCGUUGCGGCGUUGAUUAGCAAAGGCGGUUUGGAAAUUAAAGACGCGAUGUUAUUCGCGCCUGUGAUGUACAUCUUAGCCGGAGUCGCGUUCUGGUACGCCGAUAGUUUAAUCGAGAAAACGAAAGCAGAGAAACAAAAGCGUAAAAGCCUUCAAGCGGUCAGCAGAUAA